GGGGACGGGGGGGAGGGGGAGGGAGGUCAGCAGCUAGCGAGGGCUCGGGGCUUGGCCGAGCUCAGCUCAGCCAGACGCAGCGGCGGUGGUGUGCUUUUGGUGGGAGGCAGAUGUAUUAUAUGACCUCGGGGCCGAUUAGAGGAAACCAGAUCAUGCUCAAUGAUUUUACCAUCCGAGUCUCUUUCCUUCUACCUCCCGGUGCCCCAGCAGAUCCGAUCAUGAUCACUCAAACUCGCAACAAGAGCUCAGACGCAAUCUAAUCGGGUCUAUCUAUCUACAUGUCGAAGGGAGUACUAGUACUAUUAGACCGAUCUCUUAUAUUAUCGUUCAUGUUUCUUCCAGUGCCGAUCAUCAUGCAGGAGCAGCAGACCGACAGAGAAGCAUCAGCAGCAGCAGCAGCAGCAGCUAAAUUGUCUCUAUAGCCUAUCGACAAUGAUGUCUGAGGCUGCACUCGAGCUGUAACACACGCUCGCUCGUCUGCUCACUCAUUCACUCCUCCACUACAGCAGUCGAAGGCCACCCAAAUUUCCUCUGAAUGUUGGUCUGGACCCGCAAAGCUUCCGAGCAUUUCGAGUCAUCUGCAGCUGCUGCAUCUCCGGGGCUCGUACCGAUCUCGUGCCCAGACCUCACGAGCUCUGCUUCAGCGGCGGCACUCCUACUCCCAGUAUUCCCGUUUGUUUUGCACCCAGCGACCUCGGCAUUAGCAGUGCAGGCCUAGCAGCAGCAGCAGACCGAAAAUUAGCGCUAGCGUGCAGUGUGGACGACAAAUUUUAUUUUUCUUCUUCUUCUAGAGUAGUCGGAGUUUUUUAACAGGUUAUGGUGGCGGAAGCGAGCCGAUAGUCUGCUAGUCCCGUCCCUCGUUCUCUCGCUCGCUCGCUAAUUUGACUGGAAUGAGACGUAAUCCGUAGCAAGUAGUGCGAAUUCGGACGACACCAUCGGGGACGGACGGACGGACUUCAUCGGGGAGCCAUUUGUCGACAUUACUCUCAUAGCUCAGGGGCAUUCGAGCUCUGUCAAAUUUCGCAUUGACAGGCGUAGCAGUCACCUUGAGCACUUUAGUAGUAAAGUAGUAGUUCAUGAUUCGUUAGUCUUUUCUUCUUCUCGUGCAAUCGCUGGACGAGCAGCAGCAGUAGCGAGCCAGCAUCUGGAGGUAGCUAGCUGCAAGUCAAACGAUUCGGGCGAACAGCUUGCCACCAACCAAUCCAACCCAGCGACGACCCACGACUGGACCCGGAUAGACUUGUGCUCGGGUGACUUUUAGAUCGAUCGAACGAGCGAAAGGAGAAUCGAGAUCAGAUACCGAGACCGCAUAAAAUUCUUCUCUGCGUGCAGAAGCUGAUACAUUACAAUCUCUACGACGACGACGACGACGACGAAGAGGUGCCCAGUGGCUGGAGCUCGGAGGGUGCAGCGGAAGGGGGAGGUCGAGGUCGAGGUCGAGGCGGGGCAGAUGGCUUCGCGCACGGUGGGCAGUAAAUCCUGCAACAGCAGAUCGGACAUGGAGUUUCGAGGCAAGAGCUUCUUCUCGAGAGGGCUGUCGUUCUCGAGAUCGUUCAGCAGGCGGCUGGGCUCGACCUCGGUGGUGGCCAACAUCCAGCAGUGGACGACGUCGCCCAGCUCGUGGAGCAUGCGCAGCCCGCCGCCAGUGAUCUCGUCGCCCGUGGUGAACAAUUACAGCACAUCGCCCGGCCCGACGGUGUCUCAGAUGUGGUACGAUCUCAGCGUGAGCUCGAGCAAUUCCUGCUCGUCGCCCAAGGUUACUGUCUCGCACCCUCUCAAGCCUCCGCCAUCGCCAUCCCCGUCGGGCAAACAACGAUUCAUGUUCAAGCGCUGCGGCACCAACGCGAAUGCCAAUGGGACGAAUUCCGAGGGCAAGAAUUGCGCUGCUGCUGCUGGUGGUUCGGAUUCUUAUUCUGCUUCCAAUGGGCCUGAGUCUCCAUCGUCGUCUGACGAUGGCUCGGGCAAUGCGUCGGGCGACGAGAAGCUCGAGUCGUCUGAGUACUUGACGGUGUUCGUGGGCGAGCGCAGCUGCAAGAGAGUGAAGUACGUGAUCAGCAAGCAUUUCCUGAGGCACCAUCUUUUCCAAGUGCUGCUCAAGUGCUCGGAGGACGAGGUGGGCGUGGAGAAUGAGUUCCGAGGCGGAGUCCCGAUCGUCUGCGAUCCGGCGCUCUUCGUGCAAUUGGUCACCGUGGUCGGCGCGACAUUGUUCGCCGAGAUACCUGCGGAUUCCAAAUGACAAAUCGAGCGAGCCGACGGACCGAUCGAUCGAUCGAUGAAUGAACGGAAUGUGGAGAAGCGACGACAAAGACGAAGACGAUGGUAGAGAAGCGACCCAUCCCCGCCCCGAUUCGAUUCAGCCUCGAUCAGAUCACGAGAGACUACCGACCGAUCACAUAAAAUCAAAAAGGCAGCAGGCCCGCUCUUCCGCAACAGGGAGCCGCCGCGAGCGAGCGAGAGUGCGUGCGUGAUCGAUCGGAUUCUCGAGAGCUUGCUUUCGCGCAUGCCAUUGCGCCCGUGGGUCGGUUCCGGACCUCGCGAGAAUAUUUUUUGCCCCUCCUGCGAGCACAUGACGUUUUUCAGCGAUUCGUGUGUCAAUUUUGUUACCUCAGAGCACUCUCUCUCUCUGCUCCGACAGAUUGCUGCUGCUGCUGCUGCUGCUGGGCGUGAAAUGUACAUACAUAUAGGCUUAAGCAUGACUUGGUUCGUUCACUUAGAUUUGGGUUAGGCCUGGAACUAUUAGGAAAGCUCGAGACGUACACACUUUAAGAAGAUAUUUUAAGCUUGCUCUUUUUAGUUUUUCACGACGACGAUGAUCACGACGACGACGACGACACGGAGACUCUCCAGCUUCUGCGCUCUGAACGCCAGUCGAGAGCCCGUUCCGUUGGAAUGAAUUCCUCGUGGCGGACUGCACUUGUCCACAGGAUUCGAUGCGAUGCGGGGCAGCAGCGGCUGAUAGUCUCCUAUGUCCUGAUUCCUCCUACGACACCCUUGUAUCAUGAUUUACACACUCACUCAUCCCUCACUCACUUACUCACUCACUCAGCUCGAAUUUACUCACGAGUCGAUCUAGUCGACAGGCUGCACGUAGCUCGCUGGCUGGCUGCUGGCCAGUGCUAGAAGUGUUUCUCGUUGUAAAAUUUCCGAAGUUUUGGCUCAAUUGCGAAGCCACUCGGGACUCAAAAUACUAACUACAUUUUUUCUUGUUCGCUCUCUAUCCGAAUCUCUCGAUCGAUCGAAGACUGAGUGUCAUCAUGAUAUAACUUCACCUAUUCUGAAUUCCAUAUAAUUAUUAUUAGUAGCAUUCUAGGUUUCUGUCACAUGCCUGCAGCAGCCCUCCGAUAUGAAUCAGACUGGCCUGGACAUAUCCUUUACAUCUGAUAUCUAUAUUUAUGUAAUCUAGACUCGUCAUUUGAUGUUAUCAAAUCGACUCCGAUUUCAUUUGCUCACGGCCUCCCGGCCUCUCUGUAUCACUUGCUUUAUUCCGCACCUCGAUGUUCCUUUCUGCACUCUCUCACUCACCAUGCUGUGCUCUGCUCUGAAUUCGCCACACGAUGGCAACAGGUUUGGAAACAGAUGAUCAUGCUUGGUCUUGCUUCUUGCAUGAAAGAGUUGGUCCAGAAUCCUUCGGAACGCUCUGGCCAUCGUCGUUCGUUCGUUCGUUCAGUCGCGUGCUCGGCCUCGAAAGCUCAUUAUGCUCGAAGGCCGACGAGCUUGCGUUCCAGACUGGAAACUCCGAUACAGACUGUACUCACUCAUGAGCACAAAUGCAUUGCAAUGAUCGAGCAAGCAAGCAAGCACGCACGCAUGCAGAGCUAUGGUUUUGCGUGAGACUUGGAAGAAUUCGAGUACGUCGAGUCCUGUCCCAUCCGAUCCCAUACCGUCGCGUGCCAAUGAUCCAGCGCCCAAUUUGUGCACCAGCAGAACGAGCGAAUCAUUCAGUCGCCAACAAAGCUUGUCCGAGACUACAAUCGACGCCAAAGCGUGCACCAAAGCCGCGGGGAGCUCGAAAGCUCGCGCAGUGGAUGAUGAUGCGCAUGGCGCGAGGUGGCGCAAGUCUUGCAGUGAUCUGCUCGAGAGCUCGAGAGCUC